AUGGGGAAUGAUAUCCUGAUCGCCGACUACUGCGAGGCUGCGGACGAAGAGACAAUGAACCUUCUCCAGAAGACUGGCGCCGCGGCGGUUUCCUUUCUCCGACUAUGUAAUAUGGCUGGUGUCAUAGCAGACUGGCAGUUUGAUGUUGUGGCUGCCAGUGUGCUGCAGUUCCGCAUCCUGGGCUACUGUCGGGACCAUGCGCAGCCUCGAUUACCACAAGGCCUUUUUGGAUCUAGACAGACAGGAAAUACUGUCCAACGUCAUAUAGAUCUUGGAUUUAUGGUAGGCAUUGUCUGUUCUUCACUUGGAACGGGAGAAAAACUCGAUAAGUAUACGUAUUUCGAUAUUGUUGAAGCCUGUGCCUUGCUCAAUGAUCUUGUUGAUUUCCGGAGCGACACGACUACGAGACAACGCGAGAACAUUGUCCUGAGAAGUAUCCGCAAUUCAGUGUGCCAAAUCCUGAAUGACCAAAUCCGCAAAUGCUAUCAGAAAGUGUUGAUCAACGUGACGAAGCAGAAUCUUUCCGCGUUGAUUGUCAUGGCCUUCUGCAAUUGGUGUAUUUUGGGAUCGCAUCAUAAAGUUUUCGAGCUGCUUCGAGGGUUCAAAGUCAACAAAUCAGCCCCACCUUGUGAAUACGAUGGGCUGGAACUGUAUGAUCAACUUCUUGUAGCUCUUGCUCCAUAUGGCAGUUUGCGGGACCAGUGUCCUCGACUUGACAUGCCACGUGCAGAUCUUGACAAACUUUAUUGUCUAUACAGGGAGGAUCCCAAGACCCAUAUCGCUUGGCUUGCUGAUUCGACACGCAUUCUACUGAAUCCUCGCCAUUUCCGGAUGAUCGUUGAUGUAAUCCAUUAUGAGUGGAAUGGAUCGACUGGGGAUUUGAACUACUGCCCUUAG